AUGAUCGAUACGUACAACUGCCGCUGGCCAGAUGGCAGCAUUGCACAAGGCGGCUACUCUACUGCCAUUCGCGCGCACAAGCAAUUUGUAUUUCCGAUCCCGGAAAGCAUUGAGUCUAAGCACGCAGCGCCCAUGCUGUGCGCAGGCCUGACGGUCUUCAGUCCUCUCUAUCGACACAAAGUUGGACCUGGUAGCCGCGUGGGAAUCGUAGGAAUCGGUGGCCUCGGUCAUUUCGGCAUUAUGUUUGCACGGGCCAUGGGUGCCGACGCCGUCGUUGCUAUUUCUCACACGGCCUCGAAGAGAGACGAUGCCCUCAAGAUGGGCGCGACAGACUUUGUCUUGAUGAAAGAAGAGCGUGAAUGGGCCGCGACAUUUCAAGAGAUGCCGUUAGAUCUCAUCUUGAUCACUGCUGCCUCGUCGGCCGUCGAGCUUACAGCCAUCGUAUCGUGCCUUAGAGUCGAAGGUCGACUGGUGUGCCUGGCGCUUCCCAAAGCGACAUGCAUCUUCCAUUGA